AUGAGUGAUGAACGGGAUGCGUCCGUAGUGCAGGCGUUUACGGCUGCAGGUGGUGAUGACAAGGCGUGCAUCCACAUCUUUGCGCGGAGCGGUUCAACGCCGGGGUGCUACGUGCUGGGCUCGUGGGCUGGCUUCAUUGCGCGGGAGUAUAUCCGGUCCACUGCGGUGCUGAAGAACUGGGGCGGCGUGGAGGUGGUGGUGAUGAACGACAGCAUCGCGAAGGAGGUCAUCCGUGACAGCCUUCUGCUGCGGGGGGUCUCCGUGAAGUAUUACGAACGACAACCCGGUGGUGGUGGGGCCUACAUAUGCGUGCAGCGUGGCUCACCUGGGAACAUUACCGACUUUGAGGCGACACUUUUUUCUUUUGAAGAGGCGGAUAUUCAGUUGAUGGCGACGGGGGCAAUUGUUCUCGAAAAAAAUAGCUCCAGUAGCAGCAACUCGAGUAAGUGCAUGCUGUCAGGCGGGCAGGGCGUUCGGGUGGGAUUCGCCGCAUUAAACACAACACUCCGGACCCUUACGUACGCGGAGUACCUCGACACACUGCAGCUAACCAGUCUGGAUGCGCUGGUGGCGCAGUGCAACCUGAAGGAGCUCAUCUAUUUGAACAGGGGUAGAGGCAGCGGUGUUGGCAGGGAAGACGGGGCUGCAGCGACUGUCAUCGACAGUGGACACGAAGAAGAGUCACUACAGGCGGUAAAACAGUUGUGCGAACGCGCGAAUGUCGCGUACCGUGAAUGGAGGCACAACGGCGCUGUCUUCUCGCAAGAUCCUUUGCAGAAGCAGGGACGGUUGGAAGGUAAUGUGGUAAAAGGCAAUUUUCUCAGCGCCCUUGACGAUAUCCUUCGUGUGCCAGAGAGUAGGCUUGCCCUUUCUAACUGUCCAUUGGCAUCCCGGGCGGUUGAGCAUCUUGUAUUAAAUAACAUUGAUGCCUUUGACACGACAAAUCAUCGUGCCUUUUACCUAAAACACACAGUGCCAUCUACCUUUAUGAAGCUGGACACCGCAGCAAUACAAGCGUUGCACAUCAUACAUCAGAAGCCAGAAGCACGUGGUUCCCUUCCCACUUCUGUUUAUUCGUGGCUGAACCGCUGCGUCACUGGCAUGGGAUCUCGGAUGAUGCGACAGUGGUUACUUCAACCACUACGCAAUGUGGAGGACAUCGAUCAACGUCUGUCACUCGUAGAGAUGAUGGUGGAAAAUCCCAUUUUGCGAGAUGCUCUUCUUUCGCAGGUGCUGCGACGUUGUGGAGACAUGGAUCGGCUGAACCGCAAGCUUCAACGUCACAGCAUUGCUUUAAAAGACAUUCAGUCUAUUCUAACGUUUGUAAACACCAUUCCACAGGCGGUGCAGGUGUUGAGGAGUCACCACACUGGCCGAAGCGGAAGGUUGCUGAUGGAUGAAUACGUCGCACCACUAGAAGACAUUAACGAUAAUUUCAGAAACCUCCGUACCCUUAUCACAGCUACUGUUGAUCUAUCGGAUGAAAACACCGCCCGUAUUAAUCCUGAAUUUGAUGACGAACUAAUAGAGUUGGAGGAGCAGCGGAAAAGCGUGGUCAAGGACAUUAACAAGGAACACGAGCGCGCGAUGAAGAAGUAUGGAUGGACAGAAAAACAAUUAAAGUGUGAAUACCAUACAACGUACGGGUAUGUUUUUCGUGUCUCCCGCAAGGAGGAUCAACAGGUGCGCACAAGCAAGGAACUUAUCACGGUAAGUACUUCCAAGGAUGGUGUGCGUUUUGUUUCCGAGCGGCUGUCCUCGCUUAGUGAGCAACACAAAGGCAUUCGGAAAGCCUACGAUGCCCGCCAGCAGGAUCUUAAACAAAAGCUUGUAAGUACUGUGGUGACGUACCUGCCACUCCUUGAUGAUGCAAAGGAGUUAAUUGCGGCGCUGGAUGUUUUUGUGGCCUGGGCAACUGUGGUGAAGGACUCUCCACAUCCAAUGGUUCGUCCAACGAUCCGGUCACCUAUGACAGCAGCGGAGGAAGGGAGCAACGGAAGCCUCAUCACGAUUGUAAACGUUCGUCACCCGCUUGUUGAACUUCGUCAGCCAAGAUAUGUCCCAAAUACGGUACGACUCACUGACAAUGCGAACGCGCUUAUUAUAACGGGACCAAACAUGGGUGGCAAAUCCACUUUUAUGCGGAGCGUGGGGAUAGCUGUUGUGCUUGCACAGGCUGGCUGCUUUGUACCGGCCGAUUUGGCGGAUAUUGUUACAAGGGACGCUGUCAUGUGUCGCGUUGGUGCUACGGAUCACCUUGCACAAGGGGUGUCGACGUUUAUGGUGGAGAUGUUGGAGUCGGCUGCCAUUUUAGCCGCCGCUACGCGGGAGUCUCUCGCCAUUGUGGAUGAAAUUGGCCGUGGAACGUCUACCUACGAUGGUUUUGGCUUGGCCUGGGCAAUUGCACAGGAAGUGGCAGUUAAUGCUCGAUCCGCACUCCUCUUUUCCACCCAUUUUCACGAGAUGACGCAGCUAGCAGGGCUCCACACAAACGUGAGGAAUGUGCACUUUGGUGCUGAUGUCAACACAGUCGAAGGGACACUACGCUUCUCUUAUCAUCUGGAGCCUGGGCCGUGUGGUCGCAGUUAUGGCUUGUAUGUUGCCCAGCUCGCCAACCUUCCAGAGGAAGUUGUGCAAUCCGCCAAGUGUAAGGCGGCAGAGUUGGAAACCUUUGAGCAGGAUGAAGGACAAAAGCGAGCCCACACACUUCUCUCCUCUGCCUCCCCAGAAGUUAGUGAGCGGGUUGCCUACUAUGCGAAAUGCAUACGUGACGUAAAUGAUACUAACUCAGAUGCGGCAGAUGAGGAAGCGAGGAAGCGGCUCCGUCUUGAAAUCCAGCAGGAUUCUCUCGUAGCAUCUCUUCUUCAAGUGUAA